CUUUUGUUGGCUUUCCUGCUCACGAAAACGAUUCUCCCUCCCGGACGUACUGUACGCUCUCAGGGGAGAUCAAUUUCAAUAUCAACGCCAGGGGUCAGGCCGAACCUCGCGUGAAGGUGCCACUUCUGCCACUUGCUACUCUGCUUGCUACUGGUAAAAGUCAUCACGCCGAUCGCGUUUUUCCCACCAGGCCAACACCUCGAAAAUGGACGCGGAACUGCGAUGCAACAACGUGCAAUGCCGGAAAGGGUUGGGCAGCAACGCCAAGGCUUGCGUGACAACCUGCAGCCAUAUCUUUUGCGUUGACUGUGCCGAAAAGGCUUUUACUACGGCGUUGGUCUGUCCGGCAUGUGAGAGUUGUUUGACGGAGGGCGACGAUAUCGUCUUCACCGAGCUGAAUCCAACCGAGGACUACAAAUCGAGCGUCUUGGCUGGACUGAGGCCCGAAGUCAUCAUCGAAAUCGCGAGUCGGGGAUUGAGCUUCUGGGUGUAUCAAGUGACGCAAGAGGGAUGCUUCCAAGAAAUGGUUUACAAGAAUCUGUCCGAAAAGUACAGUCAAUUAGAGAGACAGGUGCAGACAGUCGUUCGAGAGGCGAACCAGGAGAUUCAAGGACUUCGAGAAAAGCUAUCUGUUCUGCAAAAGGAUCAAGAGGUGGAGAAGCUUCGGAAUCAUGAAUUGGCGGAGCAAUAUGCGGAGAAAGGGAGGCAUUUUCAAAAGCUUCAGCAUAUGUAUGACAAACUCAAACGGCGAAGCCUACUGGGCCAACAGCAACAUUCGACCAACAAUGCAGCUGCAUCGGUUCAGCAAAACGUCCCUGCACCCGCAUUCGGACACCCGAACCCUAAAUUCCCGGUUCUGAAUGGGUCGAACAUGAACAUGGCAGGAUUGGCGAGUGCGCUAGAAGGUGGCGGCGGACAGGGUUACCAACGUCCGUCGAUGUCGGCGCAAAAUUCCCUUCACCACCAGGCACCGCGACCACUUCACAUAAACAGGGGAGCGCCAUCUGCUGGCAACGCACCGAUCUUCCAGCCCAACCGACAAAUCUUGACUGCCUCUAUCCUGAAUAAUGCUCCUACGAACAUGGGCGGCCUUGCUCAACCUGGUUUACCACAUCGCAACGGUCCGCCCAUGAAUCACUCUAUGAACCGACCGAUCACUCCCUCACUAUCUAGAAAUAUGCCUCCGGAUUUCAUAGGAUUUGGGUCUGGCCCUGGAUCCGCUAACCGCCCACGUCAGAAUUCGGUGCCUCGAAGCCCGGACGAUGGAGAUCGAAUGAACGGGGCGUAUCAGUGGGGUUCUCACUAAUAGAUCCUGCGACUUCUUACUGUAGCCACCUAUUACGUAGAUCCCCAAUUUGUUCAAGUUGCACCUCCUCAAAACACAGACUCUUGUUUAUAAGUUGAUAUAACUACUUCUGACGCCUUUUUCGUUUAUG